UGAAGGGUAGCGUCAUUUCUAGCACCACGGACAGCUACUAAAUCUGAAUCCCUCAAAUACUUUGCGUUCACUUUUCUGCUUCGAGAAAGUGAAUUGCAUUAUAGACUUAAGUAUUUAUUUUGUUGUUAGUCUAUAUCUGAGUUAAGUGAUUUUAAUUUGAAAUGAUGAAUGAAUAUAGUUUUUCAGCAGUUCUUUGCGUAAGUUGGUCAUAUUUCAGGCUUGACUUUAUAACUGCUGGAAGUUGUGAGGAAUAAAGCCCUGUGAACAUUUCUAGACUUUAAGCUGCAGAAGUUUAAUGUCUCUGCUGUGGUUUGUGUGUAAUACUUCAGACAUUCCAUGAUCUUUAAAUACUUUUGAUUAGACAGAGAGGGUGCGAAAGAGAGAGAAUGAGGUCUAUUGGUUUUUGUUUUGUAUUUUAGCUAAAUAAAAAAAAUUAGAGAAGUAAAACUGUAGGCUCCCUCUUCAUGCAAUGGGUGUUUCUGAAGACGCUAAUUGAAAACAUGUAAGACUCAUAUCAGAAAAGGGAUACUGACCGAAAAUGUUAAUCUUACUAUGAAAUGCUCCACUAUGGAAUCUGAUUUGUUUCCUAUAAGACAGAGGCUUUCAUUUUACGCUACUAACGGAUUGAUUUGAGUAAAAACAUGCUUUUGAUUAUAUUUUGAUGACCGGUUAUAAUAUCAGAGAGUGAACGUAUCUCAUUCCUUUCUCAAUGCAAACCUCCAUUUGUAUCACAUAGUUUGUACUCUAAGGGACGCUGUUGAUCAACAUAACACACGGCGUUGCAUUUCCAGACAUCUCCUCCCUUCAUUGUGGAGAGAGGAGACGCUUUACUUCAUCAGAGCUGUUGUGAGGGAAAAAAGACAUUGCUACAUACGAAGGAAAAUUAGGAAGGAUUAUGUUUGCUUAAAGUAGUAUAAUUUUUUUUCUGGGAAGAGUAGUAUUUGGAUUAAUAGAAAACAUAUAAUUCUUGUCUAUGUUUUUUUUUUUCUUCUAACCAUGGUUCGUAUAAUACCGCUCAGAACCGGAUGGAUAAAAUGGCGUUAUUGCGUCGGACAGAAUUUUUUCAAUUUGAUUUUUCUUUGUUAUAUUUGUCAUUUUGUGACUGGACACAUCAGAUAUUCGAUCCCAGAAGAGAUGAAAAAAGGCUCACCGAUCGGUAAUAUUGCACAGGAUCUUAGUUUGGAUCUGAAAAGGCUCCGUUCUGGUCGGGCCCGCAUUGUCAGCGGAGAGAGCAUCCAGUACGCGGAGCUGAAGUCAGACAAAGGGAUUUUAGCAGUAAAGGAGAGAAUCGACCGGGAGCAGCUUUGUGGUGACACAACGCCGUGUAGUUUCACUUUUGAGAUGAUUUUAGAGAAUCCUAUGGAGCUGCAUCAGAUUACGGUAGAGAUUACAGAUAUAAACGAUAACUCUCCGACGUUCAAAAGAGAUAGCAUGCAUUUUGAAAUAAGUGAAACUGCUGCCACCGGUGCUCGUUUCUCUUUGAUAAGCGCAGAAGACCUGGAUGUUGGUAUGAACGGACUAAGAGAUUAUUUCUUGAGCGAGAACGAUAAUUUCAUUCUUAAGCAACAUUCAAACGCAGAGGGAAAAAGAUACGCAGAGAUGGUUCUCCAGAAAGCAUUAGACAGAGAAGCAAACCCAAAUCUGUCGCUGAAACUGAUCGCUGUGGACGGAGGAACACCUCAGAGAUCUGGCACCGUAAAUAUUAAUGUCGCUGUUCUUGAUGUUAACGAUAAUGCGCCUGUUUUCAAUCAGUCUGUGUAUAAAGCUGUGGUGACGGAAAUGUCUCCUAAAGACACUUACGUCACCACUGUUAAUGCCAGCGACGCAGAUUUUGGUUCAAACGCAAUUGUGACAUAUUAUUUUUCAGACCUCGACAGCGCUCUAGGUGAUUUAUUUUCGGUUGAUGAAAAAACAGGAGUAAUUUCCGUAAAAGGUGAUAUAGAUUAUGAAAAGGACAAAAAGUAUGAACUUAGAAUUGAUGCUAAGGAUCAAGGAGGGUUGACAGACUCCAGUAAGGUGAUCAUUGAAAUAGCAGAUAUAAAUGACAACGCCCCUGUCUUGAGCGUGACGUCAUUCACGAGUCACAUAUCAGAGGAUUCUCCUCCUGGAACAACAAUUGGCAUAAUAAAUGUGAAAGACCUGGAUUCAGGUGAUAACGGACAGGUGAGCUGUAGAAUUGAAGGGACAGCUCCUUUUAAGAUCAAGUCUAAUCUAAGAAACUAUUACACCUUGACAACAGAUUCAGUCUUAGACCGUGAGACCGUAUCAGAAUAUAAUAUCACUGUUGUUGCAACGGACAACGGAACACCUCCACUUUCUGCUAAAAGAAUAUUUAAUAUUAAAGUGUCUGAUGUGAAUGACAACGCUCCAUUGUUUUCAAAGAGUGUUUACAGCGCAUUUAUUACAGAGAAUAACUCCCCAGGUGUUUCUGUCCUCACUCUGAAAGCCAAUGAUCCCGAUGAGAGUCAGAAUGCUCGCAUUUCCUAUAUUUUAGAAGGCAAAAAUAUUGCCGGAUCGUCAGUUUCUGAAUAUGUUUCUGUGAAUGCAGAAACUGGAGUCGUACUGGCGGCACGUUCAUUUGACUAUGAACAACUUAAAGAGCUAGUUUUUGUCGUUAAAGCACAAGAUGGAGGCUCUCCUCCUCUCAGCAGUAACGUGACUGUGAAACUGAUCAUCCAGGACCAGAACGAUAAUCCUCCUCAGGUUCUGUACCCAGUCCAGACUGGUGGCUCCAUGGUGGCUGAAAUGGUGCCUCGUUCAGCAGAUGUGGGCUACCUGGUGACUAAAGUGGUGGCUGUGGAUGUGGACUCUGGACAGAAUGCCUGGCUCUCCUAUAAACUACAGAAAGCCACAGACAGAGCGCUGUUUGAAGUGGGCUUACAGAAUGGAGAAAUAAGAACUAUCCGUCAGGUGACUGAUAAAGAUGCUGUGAAACAAAGACUGACUGUCAUAGUGGAGGACAACGGGCAGCCCUCUCGUUCAGCUACAGUCAUUGUUAACGUGGCCGUGGCGGACAGCUUCCCUGAAGUGUUGUCGGAGUUCAGUGACUUUCCACACGAUAAGGAAUACAAUGACAACUUGACUUUUUACUUAGUGUUGGCUCUGGCUGUGGUUUCCUUCCUCUUCAUCACGUGUUUAGUGGUUAUUAUAUCAGUGAAGAUCUACAGAUGGAGACAGUCUCGCAUCCUGUAUCACUCCAGCCUCCCUGUGAUUCCAUAUUAUCCUCCUCGUUACUCAGACACUAUGGGAACAGGAACUCUGCCACACGUGUACAAUUACGAGGUGUGCAGGACGACUGACUCCAGAAAAAGUGACAUUAAGUUCGACCAAGCAAACAGUCAGAACGUGUUGAUAAUGGAUCCCUUUUCUUCUGGGACGAUGCAGCGGAUACAGAGUGAGAAGAACAUAUUGGAUGAACCCUGACUCCCCUUUGGAG